AUGGAAAAAGAAGCUUUUCUUGAUUUUGAGGCUAUUGAUGCUGAAAAUUUUUCCAAUUUCAAUACCGGAGCACCAUGCAUUCUAGGUAUCGACGAGGCAGGAAGAGGACCGGUUCUCGGACCAAUGGUCUAUGGUUGUGCUAUUGUACCUGCCGACAAGAUGGAGGAUCUUAAAUCUUUGGGCGUGAAUGAUUCGAAAAUACUUAGUAGAUCACAAAGGGAAAAAAUUAUUACCAAAAUGGAAGCAUCUGAGAUUUUUGUUGACUUGGUUGGAGUCAAAGAAGAAACUUUUCAGCAUUUUUUACAGUCACACUUUCCUUCAAUAAAAAUAACUGUUUCAAAAAAGGCUGAUUCGAUCUUCCCAAUUGUUGGUGCUGCUUCAAUUUUUGCAAAAGUGACUCGUGACCGACGUGUUUCUAACUGGAUUCUGGAUGGGUUUACAUCCCCGGAAGAAGGAAUUGGUUCUGGUUAUCCAUCAGAUCCAAUGACGAAAUGUUACAUCUCAAGAACUUUGGACUCACUCUUUGGAUUUUCUCCGUUAGUCCGCUUCAGCUGGCGAACGAUAGAAAAACUGAUUGGAAAUAAAGCAGUGAAGUGCUUUUGGAACGUUCAGGGAACUGAUGAUGACCCUUUAAAGCAGCGUACACUUAAAGAAAUUUGGGCGUCUAAUUCAGCCGAGGGAAAAGACAAACAUGAGCAACACCGGAAACAUACAAAAAGAUUGAUAAGGCACCGAUUUUUUGCCGAAAGAGGCAUUGCAAAUAUUGAUAUAAUUGUUUGA